AUGAACAAAUUCUCAGCAAAUUCCGAAGAAGUGAUAGCGAUUCGAGAUUUGAGAACAAUUCUCCCGGAGAUCAAAGAAUUGACGGACAGCUAUGUGUUGCGGUGGUUGAGAUCGAAAAAUGGACGAUUUGACGAAACAGCCGAAGCUCUUAAGAAGCACGUGAUAUUCAGAAAAGCCUGGGAAUUGGAUGAAAUCGAUAAAUGGGAAGCACCAGAGUGUCUCGAGAAGUACUGUGGCUAUGGAUUUCUUCCGGAUAAAGACGGGAAUCCGAUUCUCAUGUCUUUGCUUGGAAAUUGUGACGUUGAAGGAAUGCUUCGAUCAGUCGCUUCUCUUGAUUACAUCAAAUUCUCCCUUGCCGCUAUUGAAAAGGGAAUGCGUUUGUGUGAGAUUCGCUCGAAAACCAGUGGAAACGCGUGGGAACAAAUGCUGUUAGUUUUCGAUUUGGAUCACGUCUCAACAGCUCAUUUCGCGAGUCGUCAAUUCGCCUCCGCUUUCACCACAUUGUGCAUGCUUUUCCAAGAGCAUUAUCCACUCGUUUUGUCAAAGAUUUUGAUUAUUCGAGCUCCUGAAAUGGCUCGGAUGGCCUACUCCUCAAUGACGGCUUUUCUCUCCGAUUCAGUCACUCAGCUUAUCGAAAUGUAUUCAGAAGGUGAAUGGAGGAGAGAGCUCGAGAAAUACGUUCAUCUUGAUGCUUGGCCAUUGCAUUGGGGAGGGAAAAUGGCUGAGGAAGGAGAUCCAAAGUGUCCAUCAAUGAUACGAUAUGGUCUUGGCCCAAUCCCGGACACUUUCUUCGUCGAUUCAGAGACAGUGAUGCCCGAUUAUGACGAAAUGACAACCGUUUAUGCUGGAGAUAAACAUUUGAUACAAAUCAAAGUGAAGAAACCGAGCAAAAUCGCUUGGCAAUACAUGACCGGCGACGACGACAUCGGUUUCUGCGUUCAUUACGACAAAGCGAUGGACAAGGAUAAUUUGAAUGAGAUGGAGGUCGUCUAUCCGUAUAUUCGCCUUGAAUGCAGUCAAGUGCCGAUAAACGGUCAUCUAAACGCAGAGAAACCAGGAACAUAUAUCCUCGAAUUCGACAACUAUUAUUCAUGGUUUUCGGCGAAACAACUCCGCUACAAUAUCGAGAUAGAGGAUUUG